CUCUCUCUCUCUCUCUCUCUCUCUCUCUCUCUCUCUCUCUCUCCAAAUGGACAUGUUGAACACUUGCUUCUUCCUCUUCCUUGCUAACUUGGCAGUGGCCCAUAUCUCAUCAGCAUCACUGAAAGUGGACUAUUACCAAUACACGUGCCCGUCUGCAGAGGCAAUCGUCCGACAGACAGUGAGCAAAGCUGUUGUCCGGAACCCAGGACUUGGUGCUGGCCUAAUUAGGAUGCAUUUCCAUGAUUGCUUUGUUAGGGGAUGUGAUGGUUCAGUCCUACUUGAUUCACCGCCGCCUGGGAACCUUUCUGAGAAAGACCAUCCGGCCAACUUUCCAAGCCUGCGUGGAUUUGAAGUGAUCGAUGAAGCAAAGGCCAAGAUUGAAGCUAAAUGCCCACAAACUGUCUCCUGCUCCGACAUCCUUGCCUUCGCAGCUCGUGAUAGUGCCUACAAGCUUGGUGGCAUUGACUACGCCCUGCCAGCUGGCCGCCGCGAUGGAAGAGUCUCUCUCUAUGAGGAAGUCCCUCAAAACCUCCCCUCACCUUCCUUCAAUGCCCAACAACUCAAAGAGAACUUCAAGCGAAAAGGGUUGUCUCUGGAUGAAAUGGUAACACUCUCUGGGGCCCACUCAAUCGGCGUUUCUCAUUGCUCUUCCUUCUCGGAUCGCCUCUACUCCUUCAAUAACACCAACAAACCAGAUCCUUCAAUGGCUCGCAAGUUCGUAGCCCACUUGAAAACCAGGUGUCCCCGAUCCACCCCUAAGAACGAUCAAACUACUGUGUACUUUGACAUGAGAACACCGAAUCGUCUGGAUAACAAGUACUACCAGAAUUUGAAGAAACAUAAAGGAUUAUUGACAUCAGAUCAAACACUAUUUACUAGCCCCUUGACGUCGAGAAUGGUGAAGAACAAUGCAAAGUAUCAAUUAGCAUGGGCCACAAAGUUCGCAGCGGCCAUGGUGCAGGUGGGGUCCAUCGAGGUGCUGACUGGCUACCAAGGAGAGAUCAGGAAGAACUGUAGGGUUGUGAACCAUUGAGUCAAGGUGGUGAUUAUAGCUUAGGUUUCAUUGCAAUAUGGUGUGAUAGUUGUCCUGCUAUAUUCAAUUCUUUAGUGUAUCUCUAUUUUGUUGUUUCACAUCUACAGUGUAUUUAUUUUUAUCUCAUGCUUUACAGUAAAAAUAAAAUAAAAUAAAUUGGUUGAUAAGAUCA